CUCUUUGUGAAACACAAAACCAACUUUGUAAUUCCAUCUCUCUCUCUCUCUCCUCCCUGUUGCACCAUAUCUUCUCCCUAACAGAAUAAAAAACGAGUUUUCUCUAUUUUUUUCCGUUGGGGAUUCCUCCUCCCCAUCCAUUCUUAACAAAUGCCAUGUGAUCAUCUCCUUUCAUAAACCCUAUUGUGAGGGAUUAUUUAUGUUUUCCUCACAUUCAAUAUUCAACUUUAUCAUUAUUGUAAUAAUUUUCUGAAGCACAAAAAUAAUGAUAAAAGUUGGAUUGGAUUUUAGAGACUCAUUCAAUUUGGUUAUACUUUUGGUGUUUUCUAUCAUAAUUAUCCCAACAAGAUGUCAAGAUGUAGAAGUCAUGAAUAUUUUGAAAAGCACUAUAAAUUCUCCAAUCACCUUUCAAUGGACAGAUCCUGAUGUAUGCAAAUGGAGGCGUAUUCAAUGUGAUUCAAGCAAACGUGUCACUGCAAUUCAAUUAGGGACUCAGAACCUUCAAGGUUUUCUCCCAAAGGAACUUGUCAAGUUAACGAAUUUGCAAAGGUUUGAGUGUCAAAGCAAUGCCCUCACAGGUUCAUUCCCUUACCUCUCAAAAUCAUUACAGAGGCUUGUAAUUCACGAUAAUAAAUUCAAUUUCAUUCCUGGCGAUUUCUUCACGGGAAUGAGCAAUUUGCAAGAAGUAAGAAUUGACGACAACCCGUUUUCUCCAUGGCAGAUUCCUAAUUCUCUUAGAGAUUGUGUUGCGCUCCAAACUUUCAGUGCACAGAGUGCUGGAAUUGUUGGGACCAUCCCAAAUUUUUUUGGCAGAGAUGGUCCCUUCCCCGGGUUGAUUUUCUUGGCAUUGUCUAAUAAUUACUUAGAAGGUGUUUUGCCUGCAAGUCUUUCUAAAAGUUCAAUAGAGAACCUUUUGGUGAAUGGCCAAAAUAGUAAUAACAAACUCAAUGGUACCCUUGCUGUGAUACAAAAUAUGGCUUCUUUGAAACAAAUAUGGGCUAACGGUAACUCAUUUACCGGUCCUAUACCUGAUUUAUCUCACCUUGAUCAAUUAUCUGAUGUAAAUUUAAGAGAUAACCAAUUGACGGGUGUUGUUCCGCCUUCUCUUGUGAACCUUCCAAGAUUGCAAGUGGUGAAUUUGACAAACAAUUACCUUCAAGGUUCACCUCCCAAGUUUAGAGACGGUAUUGGAGUUGAUAAUAAUAUGGAUGGGAGUAGAAAUCAAUUUUGCACCAAUGUUUCAGGGCAACCUUGUAGUUCUCUUGUGAAUGUUUUGUUAUCAGUUAUUGAACCUUUGGGUUAUCCUCUCAAGUUUGCUGAAAGUUGGCAGGGUAAUGAUCCAUGUGCUAAUAAAUGGUUAGGUAUAGUUUGUUCUGGUGGGAAUAUUUCAAUUAUAAAUUUCCAGAGCAUGGGAAUAACUGGCACUAUUUCUCCUACUUUUGCUAGUAUUUCAUCUUUAACAAAAUUGCUUCUUGCAAACAAUAGUCUCAUUGGUACAAUACCGAACCAACUUACUAGUAUGCCUCUUCUACAAGAAUUGGAUGUUUCUAAUAAUCAUUUAUAUGGUCGUGUUCCGUCGUUUCAUAAUGGUGUGGUUCUUAAAUUUGGUGGAAAUCCGGAUAUUGGGAAGGAUAAACCCAGUAAUGCAAGUAGUUAUGGGUUUGAAGGUAGUGGUAGUAACAAUAAUGUUGUCGGCAUCACAAUUGUAAUUUUGGUGGGAGCUGUCAUUUUAAUUGGUGUUGGGGUAUUAUUAUAUAUUAAGUUUUGGAAAAGGUCUGGCAAUAAUUCAAGGAAAAGUUUAAGUCAUGAUUCAAUAAUGGUAGAUCAUAAAUAUCAAUUGGAUGAUAAUAUUCUGAAUGUAAGUGUUAUUGGUGGUGGUGAGGGAGGAGGUGCAUUAAGCCCCACUGGUAACAUGGUGAUUUCAAUUCAAGUUUUGAGACAAGUUACACAUAAUUUUCGUGAGGAAAACAUUAUUGGAAAGGGUGGUUUUGGCACUGUUUACAAAGGGGAAUUGCACGAUGGGACACAAAUUGCAGUGAAAAGGAUGCAAUCGGGAAUAACAGACGAGAAAGGACCAAAUGAAUUCACAUCAGAGAUUAUGGUUCUUACAAAAGUCCGACAUAAACAUUUGGUUGCACUCUUAGGGUAUUGCUUAGAUAGAAAUGAAAGACUCUUGGUCUAUGAGUACAUGCCUCAAGGUGCUCUAAGUAAACACUUAUUCAAUUGGAAAGAGGAAGGGAUAAAACCACUAGAAUGGAAAACGAGGCUUAGUAUUGCCUUGGAUGUUGCUAGAGGUGUGGAAUAUCUUCAUGGGUUGACCCAACAAAUUUUUAUCCACAGGGAUCUCAAACCAUCCAACAUUUUACUUGGAGAUGAUUUACGGGCUAAAGUAUCUGACUUUGGAUUGGUUCGACUUGCUCCCGAAGGAAAAGCUUCAUUUCAAACUAGACUUGCAGGAACUUUUGGAUAUAUGGCACCAGAGUAUGCUGCCACCGGAAGACUAACAACAAAGGCCGAUGUAUAUAGUUUUGGUGUAAUUCUUAUGGAGAUCGUAACAGGAAGGAAAGCGCUUGAUGAGAGCCAACCAGAAGAGAACAUCCACCUUGUAACAUGGUUUCGUCGGAUGUUAUUGAAUAAGGAUUCAUUUCGAACGAUCAUUGACAAAACAAUUGAAGUUGAUGAAGAAACAUAUGAAAGCAUCAACACGGUUGCAGAGUUGGCAGGGCAUUGUAGUGCAAGGGAGCCUUAUCAGCGUCCUGAUAUGAGUCAUGCAGUGAAUGUGUUAUCAUCUCUUGUUGAAGUAUGGAAACCUAUAGAACAAGAUGUUGAUGAUGUAUAUGGGAUCAACUUUGAUAUGACAUUACCAGAAGCUCUCCAAAGGUGGCAAGCUUUUGAAGGAAAAAGCACAUUCAAUUUAACACGUUCUCCUUCAUCGCUGCAUACUAGUGGUGGCAACACACACUCCCGUACAUCUCCAAAUGUGUCUUCAUCACAUACAUAAAGGUGAAUUUAGACAUAUAGAUUUUUAUAUCGAUUUUGUAUUCAAUGUAAUUACAUAUUUUGUUGUCUUCAAUAUCGUGUAUGAUCUUUACCAAAUGGUUUAUUUUUAUUUUAAGGAAAAAAUAACCAAAUUUUAGUGUUA